UUUGGGGUGUCUGCGUCCGUGUCGGGGCGUCGCGGGAGCCGGGUUUCUGUCUGGCAGCAUGGCCCCGAAGGCCAGCAUGUUCGCGGCCGAGCAGGCGCCGGACAGCGUCAGCAAGGGGGGCCUCGUGGAUGCCGCGUUCGUGGCGAACAUCAAGAAACGUCGUGCCAGCGCCCCUGUGCUGGAGAAGCCGCUGGACGCAUCGAUCAAAAGGAAGUUGUACGACAACUUCAAAGACAUGAGUGACCAGGAGCUGUACGGCAAUGUCGACAGCGAGGGGUGGACGCUCAGGGAGCGGCUGGAGGAGCGAGUCGCGAAGCACCAGGAGAACCCGAAGGCCUUCUCACUCGGGGCGCCCUUCUACAAGUCGCUCAGGGCGACCUUCCGGUCCAGCAGCAGCUCGCAGAAGAAGCUCGCGAGCGUGGAGGUUGGCGAGUCUGUGAACGUGGACCCUCGGCUGAUGCAGGCGGCGAUCAAGUUCAAGAAGACCGGGAACAAGGCCGUGUUCAACGCCGUCCUCCAGCAUCUGAACGCGGUGAACGUCCAGGAGGUCGUGGGCAUCUGCCAGUGCGGACUGGAGAUCAGGCCGGCUGCGAGCCCCGACCAGCUACGCUAUGGGAGAGAGCUGAUGGAAUUGUUCAAGCGCUUGGACGUCCCGGCGCAUUUCCCGGAGCAGACCGCCCUCAUGUUGGACCUCUUCGACCAGGUCUUGGAGGCCCUCUACGCCAGCGCCCUCGGCGAGCACGCGAAGCCCAGCAAGUUCUUGGAGUCGCACUCGGACAUCGCCUACCUCGUAUUGCCGCGGGAGUCCGUGGAGCGCCUCCUCCAGGCGUCGACGUGGACGGAGGUCCACGGCGACUUGGCCCAGGCCGUGGAGCGGAAGAUCGGCAUGAGCCUGUUCGGCUCUGGCCUGCGUUCGGUGCAGAACGAGGUCGUGGAGAGGACAUUGGAGGAGUCGGCGGACGCGCUUUUCAACAGCAAGGACAAGGUGACCCCGGCGUCGCUGCUCAAGGCCAAGCAGGCUGCGUACACCUUGCUCACCGGCAAAGACGUGCUGAAGAAGCUGGAGGACAAGAGGGUUGUUCAGAUCACGUACCUUUUCCAGAAGUUGUCGAUCCCCGUGAAAACUCUGAACGACCACAUCGACCACGUCUUCGCGGCACGCUGGAAGAGCAACGCGGUCCGCGCGAAGAUCGCCCCUGCCCUAUUCGGCGAGAUGGGCUUGAGCGGGGCCGCCCCGCUCGCUGACUACGCCGACCGCCUCGAUAGCAAGCUGUACAAGGAUAACAAAGUCGUGCGGGAGAGCAUGGAGACCAGCUUCUCGGAGGACCACCCGGUCGGGCCCGGCGAUCGUCCAGCACCUGCAAAAGUACCUGAAGAAGGCUCUGGGCAGCGACCCGACCUGGCGCAUCGAGGUUGCGUUCUUCGAGGCCAUGGUUGGCGCCAAGGGCUUGGAGAAGCUGAAGGGGGACGUGAUGUCGUUUCUGCCGACGCAGGAGAAGCACGUGGAGAUCGAGGACGUCGCGCAGAAGUUGGAGCUGCUGCAGUCCAGCGACGUGUACCAGUUCUGCAGCGAGACUGGCCAGGGGCAGGCGCGCGCGGCCGUCGCCGCCGUGCACCAGGCCGCAGAGGGCCGCGCGCCGAAGUGGGACGAGCACAUGACGGACUUCCUGAACAAGGUGAAGCUCAGAAUCCCCCUCUUCUGCCGCUUGCCGGGCCCCGACGGCGCCGCGUUCGUUGGCGAGCAGGCGGCCCAGCGUUGCGUCGACUUGGCGCACGAGAAGGGUAGCGAGUGCAAGUGGGAGGACCUGGACCUGGUGGGCCGUUUCGAGUGGCUGCUGCCGUCAGGCUCCGCCGAGAAGUACAGGAAGACCAAGGCCGCGGCUGAGAAGAACGCCAGCGCCUCCUCCGCCGGCUCGGCCGCCUGCGCCGCCACGCCGAGCUCCAAGAAGCACGGCGCGGGCGAGCCGGCGAGCGGGGCGAAGGCGCCGGCGAAGAGGGGCCGGGCCAGUGAGGUCCAGAGUGCCCUGGACAUGUUCUCUGUGAAGAGGAAGGCCAGCGGUCGUUAGGGGUAGGCGUUCGCCGGAGGCACCCGUCCGAGGAUUCCGCAGCAUUGAAGUGCGUACGUGUGAUCGUAAUACGGUAUAUGGCACGAUGCUCUGAACAUGUUUACUGUUGUCGUGUGUGUGUGUGUGUGUGCGUGUGUGUGUGUGUGUACGAGACUACGUGUCACAUGUGCCUCCGCGAUCGAGAGCCGUGCCGCCUGUCUCUGACGGGGCCGCAGGCGGCGCGAACGGCCUCGAAGCGGGCCCGCGCAAACACUCUGCCCUCUGUGGGGCCACUGCCGGGGCCAGCGGAUGGGGGAAACGCUGGCGAAGCUACUGGGCGUC